AUGGAUUUCGCGACACUGGGCCGUGCUCCACUUCGACUUGGAAUUGGGACGCGGCGCAUAACUUCGCGUGACCUUCAAAUUGUUGAAGCAACGGAUGAGCUUUUGGAAACCGAAAUUCCUGAGCCUGACGGUCUGGCAACUAGUGUUAGUUUAUUGCGUGGUUUCAAGGCGACGAUACCCAGUGCGGAGCAAGGACGUUCGCGGCGACGGCAAAUGCGGAACGUGGACACACCGAAGCUUGGAUUACGCAAGAUGGGCAUGAGUGCCAGAGGCCUCUUGAGAGAGGGGGAUGAAGAUGAUGGGGACCAUGCUGAUCACGAGGGCCAGAGUGUUGCUAGCGAGGAGGAUAUUGUCGUCAUUGGGAAGGCUGGCAAAGGGAAGAGGCGCAAGAGGGGGAGGGAAAGCUUGAGUACGGCUAAGACGCUUGGGAGGGAUGAACUCAGCAGGCAGAAGAAAGAGAUCAUGAAAGACAAAGAAAACAUACAUGUCAAAAGGAGCUUGAUCAACAACGAAAUUGAUGAAAUCACUCGCAAAAUCCAAGCUUUGGAUUCAAUACGAGUCAAACUCGAGCAAGACCUGCUUAAGCUGCAGGAAGAAGACUUGGAGCUUGAUGAUGAAUUAGAAGGAGUUGGGGAGAGACUCGAGUUCGAAGAGUCAUCACAUAAACCCCAGAAAGCGUCUGCUCAGCCGCUGCAGCUCCCACAGAGUUCGCGGCGUCGCAAAGGACCUGCAUUCCUCCCCUCUGAACACGAUGAACUACCCCCAGGCGUAGCUUUCAUGACUCUGGAAAGCCACACCACUCCCAUCACAUCCCUUGACUUCUCGGAACCCUAUGGUACACUAGUGAGCGCCUCGCAAGAUGACCCGCAACCACGCGUUUGGGACCUCUUCUCCGGUACUGAGAUAGGGCGGCUGCGGGGUCACGUUGGGACGGUGAAGUGCGUUCAAGUGGAAGAUCAUGUGUGCCUAACUGGAGGAGAAGACGGCUGCGUACGAUUGUGGGAUCUGCGGAGGGUUGAUGAGGAUGAAGAAGGUUGGGGUGGUGAAGGGGAGAUGGUUAGUCUGAGCGACGUGGCGGAAGAGGAGGAGGAAGGCGAUAUCAACGAGUUUGGGGUCAUCGAAAACUCCAGCGAGGGCGAGAGUAGGUCAAGUGGCAUCAGAAACGGAAAAGUGGGUGCUACUCCGAAGGACAACGACCCUUGUGUCCGAGUCCUAGAAGGUCACAGCAAGGCCGUCACUUCGUUGUAUUUUGAAGACAACUGCCUGGUGACCGGUGCGUCGGACAAGACACUUCGUCAAUGGGAUCUUCAAACCGGACAGUGUGUGAUGACAAUGGACAUCCUUUGGGCUAUCUCACAUCCACCGCCAACAUUCCCGGGCAGCUCCAAUCCCCUCUUUUCUGGCGCAGCAGCAGCAGCCGGAACAUUCGCGGUCCCCACUCCUCCCUACGCCGACGGAAGUUGGGAUAUGUACCAGGACUUCGUUGGAGGAGUUCAGUUCUGGGGCUACGGUUUAGUGAGCGGAAGUGGAGAUGGUGCUGUCAGGAUGUGGGAUAUGCGAACCGGACAGUCACAUCGCACGCUGGUCGGACAUACUGGGCCUGUAACUUGCUUGCAGUUCGACGAGUUACACAUUGCUAGCGGUAGUCUUGAUAAGACUCUCAAGAUCUGGGACUUGCGAACGGGAGGCAUAUUCGAGACGCUUAAAUACGAUCACGCUGUCACGGCCCUUCAGUUCGACAGUAGGAAGGUCGUUGCGGCCACUGGGGAAAAUGGCGUGAAGAUUUACAAUCGGACUAGCAUGCAGCACUCGAUGCUGUCCACUAAUGGACACACCAGGCCUGUCGAGCGCCUUCGAUACAUGGACCGGUACCUUGUAUCUGGGGGCAAAGACUCUACCGUAAAGGUCUGGUCGCUGUAA